AUGUCGUUAGAGGAAGAGGAAGAAGCUUUCGAGCACACGCUACUGGUGGUACGCGAAGUCGCCGUCUACAAGAUCCCGCCGCGCACAACCUCCGGCGGCUACAAGUGCGGCGAGUGGCUUCAAUCCGACAAGAUCUGGUCGGGACGGCUCCGGGUAGUAUCACGCCGGGACCGAUGUGAAAUCCGGUUAGAAGAUCCAAACUCCGGCGAUCUCUUCGCCGCGUGCUUCGUCUUCCCCGGUCAGCGUGAGGGUUCUGUUGAACCGGUUCUCGACUCGUCUCGUUACUUCGUCCUCAAGAUCGAAGAUGGUCAAGGUAAGCACGCAUUCAUUGGAUUAGGGUUCACGGAGAGGAACGAAGCUUUUGAUUUCAAUGUUGCGCUAUCUGAUCAUGAAAAGUAUGUCCGGCGAGAGCAUGAUAAGGAGUCCGGUAACGCCGAUGCCGGAGAAGACUCUCAGAUCGACAUUCACCCUGCUGUAAAUCAUAGGCUCAAGGAGGGGGAAACCAUCAAGAUUAAUGUGAAACAUAAGGCUGCUGGUGGAGCUGGCAUGCUUUCCGCUGCUGGCUUAACGGGUGUUCAUGUAGCAACACCCAAGCCGAAAGUACUAACCCUUGCUCCCCCACCAAGUGGUGCGGGGAAAAUCAGAUCUGCUCUUCCACUGCCGCCAAAUGAUCCUGUUGCUGCCCGGAUUGCUUCUACCACUUCCGGGUCUAGUGUUAAAGGGACACACGAAGGCGUGAGACAUAGUGCUACUGAUUCACUAUCCGAUCUUUCUCAAUUACAGAAGAAUCUUCCCUCAUCAACCACUCCUGGGUCAACAGCUGCUUCAGGAUGGGCAGCCUUCUAG